GCACACGAGAGAGAAGCCAUGCGAAUCAACCUGACAGUGGCGAUCCUAGCGGCGGCGCUCUGCAGCUGCCUGCUGGCUGGAGCUUCGCCGGCUGUAACGCGGCGUCAGCCGAAUCAGCCCGCGCACGAGACCCUGUGGCAGAGCUUCACACGCUACUCGCCCAUCGCGCUCGCCAUCUCCCUCAUGGCGCUGCCCCUGCUGCCACUGGUGUUCACGGGACCAGCCACACUGGCCGGCACCGAUCACGCCAUCAACGCACUCAACAUCAACCCGGGCAUGCUGGUGAAGCGAUCUGUGGAAUCUUCCCAGCUGUCUCCGUCAAAGUCUGCUUCCACAAGCCAUCCACCAGCAAGUCUCUACAGCACCGCUCCUGCGCUCGUGGCCCUCAUGACGCGCUUCGACGAAGUUCUCCACAAGUAUGACGUCACCGAGCCCGACUGCAGGCUGCGACUUGCGUGCGAACUGCACCGGGACGGACUCAGCCUUCAGGCUGCAACCAUCGCAGAUCGGAUGUUGCGCCUUUUCGGUGUGGAACAGCGCAUCGAGCGGUCCAGCUUCGGUCCUAGUACAAAGACCAUGGUCCGGGAACUGCUCAAGGCGGCACGCCACGGCCUCGGCCGAAAGGAUUGCGCGCUCAUCUACUCCCGCUGCCCGUACGCCCCGCGGGAGAUGCUCAAGAGCCGACUGCAGGGAUAAGCGACGUGACAUGCAUGGAGCGCCCAUCUCCACAGUGCUGCAUCCCGUUCACCAUCAUCAUCGCCAUUCACGGACACGUGACCAGGGCCUUUUUCCCUGCAUGCUUGCUCGGGGCGGUGGUCAACGCCCAGUGUUAUCAGAGCUUGCCUUACCGUCCUGGUUGUUCAGUAGCUAUGACAUUCUGAGACUGAAGGCGAUGCCGUGGGUUAGAUACGUCCAUGCUGAUCUGUUGAUGGUUGAAUGCAAAAAUGAUCGUUAGACGAAGCAAUAUGUUGGGCGAGUUGGUUUCUAGCCUCCAUAUUUACAGUGCAAGGCGACACCACAGAGAAGAAGGCACACCAGACACACGGAGUGCUGACUGACAACUGAUAUUUAUUGAAACCAGCGAGUCCUUUAUAUCACUGGUCUAGAGG